GCCGUUUCCUGGGAUUCAGUGUCUCAGACUUCAGAGACAAGUGGACAGACAGGCUGACAGGAUGCAGAAAGCGGUGACUCUUGUUUUCCUGCUGGUACUGGGCUGGACCGGGACCCUUCAGGGGCUCCCUGUACUCCCAGACCCUCUGUACACCACGCAGGAGAACUUUAAUCAGGCCCAGUUUUUGGGAACCUGGUAUGAUGUUGCUGUGGCAAGUACGUGUCCCCAUAUGCAAAGGCACAGGGGAGAUGCAGCCAUUGGUAAACUGGUACUGCAGCAAAGCACCGUCGAAGGCAAACUCAAGGCGACUCGAACAGCACUCAGACAUGGAACUUGUAAGGAGAUGUCUGUGGACUAUGAGUCGACCACCACACCUGGACGAUAUUCCUACCACAUUGAGAAGUGGAGGGCAGAUGUGGAUGCCUACGUGGUUCACACGAACUACAACGAGUAUGCCAUAAUGAUAAUGAGCAAACAGAAAACAUCUGGGCAAAAGAGCACCUCACUUAAGCUUUACAGUCGAACUAAGUCUGUGAGAGCCACAGUGCUGGAAGACUUUAAAACACUGGUCAGAGAACAGGGCAUGGCUGAUGACACUAUUAUCAUUAAGCAGGACAAAGGUGACUGUGUUCCUGGAGAGCAGGUGGCGGAGCCGUCAGCUCAGCCUGAGCCUCAGCAGCGGAAGAAGAGAAAUGUGGUGCCCUCUUUAGCUGCUGAUGAGGAGGGUUCUGGUAUUGAAGAUACUCCUCUUUUCAAUGGAACCAAGGCCUGUAAAGCAGCACCGGACUCAGGACCAUGUUUUGGACUGCACCAGCGUUACUUCUACAACUCCUCCUCAAUGAACUGUGAGCUCUUCAAGUAUGGAGGCUGUUUGGGCAACCAGAACAACUUUAACAGUGAGAGAGAGUGUCUGCAGAGAUGUCGCUCUGAAGCUGUGUGUCGCCUGUCCAUGGCAGCCCAACCCUGCACAGGCCAGCCACCAGUCUGGGCCUUUGACUCUACCGUUGGUCUGUGUGUGCAAUACAAAGCGGGCUUCUGCCAGACCAAUGCCAACAAGUUCUACAGCAAGGCCGAGUGUGAGGAGUACUGCGGUGUGGUGAAAGAUGAUGCAGAACUCCUGAGGGCAAACUGAGUGAGAAAAUGAAACAUCACUACUUACUUGAACUCAUCAUGCAGAGAUGUAACACGAGCUGGCUUCACAAAAGGCACUCACAGCACAUCAGCAAUAAAACAAAGUCAUUAUCCA